AUGAUAAUAUUGAUCAAAAUAAAUAGUGGAAUAGUGCCGCCUUUAGGUUGUGUGUACGUGCGUGUGUGCGUGCACACGCGCGCGUCCAACUUUAUCCCGGAAAAUUUUAAACAAAUCCCGAUAUCGUUUCCCGUUGAAAGGUUUUUUGCAAACGUGUCUUCUGGCUAUCUUAUUACUCUUUCCCUCUGGUGUCACAAAAACAUUUUUUUUUUAUUUCGGUCUGUUGACACGACGACAUUUUCACGACUCUUUUGUUUGUAA